AUGGCUGUCGCACCUGCUGGACGCGAAGUCUUGCUAGAAGGACAGCGGGAAGACAAUGCAGUCAUCAAAGAAAUUGUCGCGAUCAGCAAGCUGACCAUACCGAUUUUUCUUUCCAUGGUGUCCUGGGUGGCCAUGAAGGUCACAGACACGGCCGUGCUUGGCCACGUCGGCACUGGAACUCGGUACUUGGAUGCCACCGCGCUGAGCGACCUUUGGACGUCCUCAAGUGGAGUAUUCAUUCAGUCGAGGAUCGUUUCAACUUUUUGUGGCCAAGCAUUCGGUGCUGGGAACAAGAUGCUGGUCGGAAUCUGGCUUCAGGUUUCGUACGUGGUGCUGCUCUGCGUUAUGGUGCCGGUGGCAGUCUGCUGGAUAUUGACCGGCCCGGUCUUGAGUGCCAUCCACAAGACACCGCAGGAGGUGUCUGAUGCAAGCUACUACGCGCUGGUGCUUGCUUUGUGCCUGCCGGUCCGCAUUGGAUUUUCGCAGCUGAACUGUUUCUUCAGCUCGCAGAAGAUUAUGCGACCGGCAGUCGUCUGUUCCGUGACUGGCAUGGCCCUAAAUCUGGUGGGGAACUUGCUGCUGGUGCUUGGUCUUGGAUUUCCGAACUGGAGCGGUUUAGGCUUUCCAGCCUGUCCUUGGGUCACCACCUCUGUAGAAUUCGUUCAGCUCUUCAUCUUAUGGUACGUGUACUGUUAUUGGCAGCAGCUGCACAGAGAGUGUUGGCCUGGCUGGUCCAUGGAGCACAUAACCAGAGACCGAGUGGUGCAAUAUGUGAAGAUGUACUUGCCUGCGGCGCUUUCAAUAGGUUCCGACUUCUGGCGUGUGACCGUUAUCGGUGCGAUUGCCUCAAACCUUGGACCUGACGAUCUUGCCGUUUUUAACUCCAGCUACAGAAUCUGUUGGAUGGCCCUCACAUUCCUGGGAGCCUUAGCAGGGGCUGUGGCCACGCAGCUCAGCAUCGCGGUCGGAAAGGGCAGCACCGCGGACGCCAAGCGCUCGGCGCUCGUCGGGACUUCUAUGGCCCUUGCCGUCUUGGUGAUAACAGGCCUAGUCAUCGUGUGCAUCCCUCGAUCUCUCGCUCGAAUUUUUUCCAACGAUCCAGCCGUACUGGACUUGUUUGAGUACACGCGUUGGCCCUUUGCGGCCUUUGUCGUCUUGAUGAACCUCUCAGUCAACUUGGAGAGGAUUCCAAUGGCAGCUGGGCGAGUGAACGCAGUGUUCUAUGCUGGGCUGGCAGGGUCUUGGUUGGGACAAGUUCCAGGUGUCAUUCUCUGUACUACACUUUGGCGCAAGGACCUCUUCGGCCUGUACACUGGUGUCGCUGCAGGAUAUGGCCUCCUUGUUGUUCUUUAUGGAGGUAUCGUGUUUUCAUUGGACUGGGAUCAGGUGGUACACGAGGCACAGCAGCGUUCCGAAACUCAGAAGCCGACUACAACCAACCUGAGUCUUCAGCCCACAGAUGCUGAAGAAGGCGAGCGGUGA